ACACACAAGAAAGAUUGCAAUCACUCAUCCAUAUCAAAGAACACUAACACAAGUAUAUAUAUAAAAAGAAAAAUGCUUGAUAAACUUAUCGGAGGGUACGGGCACGGGUACGGCCACAAGGAUCACAGAAGCAGCGGCUAUGGCUUUGAGGAGCACAAACAGUUUGUGACUCAUGAGGAGUCCGAAGGAGGCUACUUUGACCGUCAAGCCCACUACAACCACCAGAUGAGGCUUCCGGCCCACCACGGCCGUCCACCCAUGGCUCACAUGCCUGUCUGUGAUGAAGAAGACUCAGACUCAGACGUGGAGGAGUUCUAUAAGAGCAGCCACAGCCACCACAGUACUGUGUUGCCGCACGGCAAAAACCACCACCACCACCAGCCACCUCAUAUGACCAUGCCCCCACCUCCGAUGGCUCAGAUUCACCACAACGGGAAAAUGGGCAAUGGAUGGCAUGGACAACAUGAAGAUGGAUACCACGGUGGGCACGGGAUGCAGCAGCAUGGUGGGCACGGGAUGCAGCAGCACGGUGCUCAUGGGAUGCAGCAACAUGGUGCUCAUGGGAUGAAGCACCACGACAGGCUUAUGGCUCCUCAGGUUCCACCACAUCAUAUGUACAUGAACCCCAUCCACGGCAGUGGUACCGGCCAUGCUGUAGUGAUGCAGGCUAAGGAGAAAUGGCGUGUCAGCAACAGCAGCGGUGGCCACCACAAGGCCGGGUGGGGGAGUAAGGGACUCUGA